AGAAGCAUAGGACAUCCACCAAAAAGACUAGGAUCAGCUGCUACACUUCACUGGUAUUAUCUAAAAUGGUGGAAGAAGCACCAUGAGCUCACAGCCUAGUGGUUCCCUUUUUCUUUUUGAUCGGAAGGUGGUGCCACACCUUAGAAAGGAUGGACAUAAUUGGAGAAAGAAAAAAGAUGGAAAGACAGUUAAGGAAUGUCACGAGAGGCUGAAGGUUGGAGGUGUUGAUGUUCUGAAAUGCUACUAUGCCCAUGGAGAGGGAAAUGAAAAUUUUCAACGACGCGUUUAUUGGAUGCUUGAAGAGUGAGUCUGUGAAGUUUAAUUCCCUUUUUCUUAGUAGUCAUUUGCAUACCUUGUGUAGAAUUUAUACGAAACAAUUUCUUUUGUAGGUAAGACAAUACUCAAUGUCCAUGGGCCCUGGCUUAGUGGGAACCUUUUAUAUGCUGCUACAUAAAUUAGCAUUUCUUUU